AUGAUUGAUGGUUCAGUUGACAUCAAAGAAGUUGAGAAGGUUGACAAGUUCUCCCCAAACAUCAAGUACAAGGGUGCAGCAGAUUCCACAAAGAAAUGCCUCAUUGGACCAAAGAAAGAACACCAUGGAUAUACAGGAAAAAAUGUUUUGAAUGUUGGGAAGAAGGCUGGGCUCUCCAAAAUGGGUAAGGAGGAUGAGUCACAGGAGAUUGAGGGAAAACUUGCUGAGGUCAACAAGGAUCUGCUGAAAAUUGAGGAGGUUGUGGAAGAUAAGGAGGAGUAUCAUGCAGACUCCCAGGAAGACCAUUCUGGGGGCCUCUCCAGUGCAGUGGAAGGUACUAAAGGUAACCAUGUUGCAGGAUGUAAGACAGACAGGACUUUUACCUGUGAUAUUUGUAACAAAAACUUUGGUCGAAAGGAAAAUAUAUUUAUGCACAUGAGGAUACACACAGGGGAGAAGCCCUAUGGCUGUGAUAAAUGUGAGAAGAAGUUUCCACACAUUGGUGAUUUAAUAAGGCAUAAGAGGGUGCACACAGGAGAAAAGCCUUAUAUAUGUGAUGUAUGUGGAACUGGCUUUUCAAAUAUAAGCACCUGUAAAAGGCACCAGAGAAUACACACUGGUGAGAAACCAUUUACCUGUGAUGUGUGUGGCAAGGAAUUUAGACACAAGAGCACACUGAGUUUAGAUAUGUCAGAGCAGCUUAGCCUAUAG